AGACUUGGCUCAAAACCUAGCUAGACUCUAUAUAGCACUGCCUUUUCAACACAGCAAGCUCAAAAGCGUUAUGCUGAUCAAGCUUUUGGUAGGCCUGUUUUCCUGCAGCCUCGCAUCAGAGGUUGACCCCGUCCUCGUGAGAGAUGAUGAAUGCGCAGUGGGUGAUGAAAAAUGCUCUUUGCAGGCGCUUCAGCUGAAAGGCAUGAAGUUGGCGACCUUGGAGCAGGAGGAGUGCACUGGCUCUGCGAACCUCCCAACGGAUUCUGACCUGUGCUACGAGGGAAAUCUCCUCGUGGAGACUUUUAAAGUCCAAGUGCUGCAGUCCACCGGCACCAGCGGUUCCCUGGACAUGGAGGCCGUUGGACCUUUGUCCGGAAAAUGCGAAGGAGUUAGCUUUCAAAUGGAAGCCACGCAAUUGUCCGCGAGCAACCUCGACAGCUGUGGUAUCAACGGCGCUGAGUACAACGUGAAAUACUGUUCGGACCAGGAUGAGUUCGUGGUGCAGAUCACCAAGCCCAUGCAGCUCGAUGUGACUCUGAAGCGCACCAGCUGCACAGGGAUGUUUGGUGUAACACCUCCAAGCCUGGUGUCCGCACCUGUGGUGCCUCUGAAGCCGAGCCUUUUGGCCACGGGGACAGAGUGCACUGGCACCGGCAAGCUUCCAACCACCAAGAAGUGCUACGAGGGGAAUCUUUUGGUGGAGACCUUCAAAGUUGAGCUGUUGGAGUCAGACGGCACGAGCGGUUCACUGGACAUGGAGGCCAUUGGUCCUUUGUCCGGAAAGUGCGAAGGAGUGAGCUUCCAAAUGGAUGGAAUGCAAUUGUCCGCGAGCAACCUUGCCAGCUGUGGUAUUACCGGAGCAGAGUACGACGUGAAGUACUGUUCGGACCAGGAUGAGUUUGUCGUGCAGAUCACCAAGCCCAUGCAGCUCGACGUGGUUCUGCAAUCCCACGCUUGUGCGGCAAGCCUGGCAGCUGUAGCGCCACCAGUUGUGGCCAUUCCACCUGCAGCCCUGGUGGCGCAGGAAGAACAGCGUUUUUGUUCAGGUGCUGGUAGCCUGCCGAAGGGCACCAGUUGCUACAGAGGCAGCUGGUUGGUGGAAGACUUCUAUGUGAAGGUCAAAAGCUACAGCUCCACCUCCGGCCGAGUGGACGUGACAGCGAGCGGGCCCAAGAAAGGCCAUUGUUAUGGUGUAAGCUACAGGAAGUCUGGGCAGAACAUCUACUUGAACUACGCCAAAUGUGGCUUCAACAACUUGAGCUUCAGCGUCCAGUACUGCUCCAACCAAAAUGCUGUUAAAGUGCACAUCUCUGCACCGGUGAUCGGCGAUGUGAUGCUGAGCCGCUCUGGCUGCUAGAGCCCCGCGCGAAAGCCGCGGCUUGAGAGAGGAGUGUGUCUUAGAGGCGGCCGACCCCCGAAACCACCCUUUUCGUAGGACGCUACUAGGAGC